CGAAGGAUUUUUUUAUUUAAUUAUAUGGGAUGAGAUCAAGUGGGGGCUUAAGUCGGCAAUUAGUUAAUUGAGAAUUUAAGGUGUACGAAAGGUACACAAAUUUUUCGCCAGCGAUUGUUCGAGCUUUCGAACCAGCGAGGAAGGGGUUGAGGUGCUUCCACGACGAGAUGGCUGUCCACAGCGGCAAUUUUCUACUUACUCACGACGUGCGGAGAUACGAUUUUGUAGGGUCAAUUAUCAGCUUUGCGAGUUGUUGGAAAAUGAAGGGAAAUUGGAAGGACAAGGAUGGACGGUGGAGGAUACUCAGGCGAUGGCGACCUUGGAGGCCCGAGGACACCGCAGCAGGCAGUGUCAACGAAAAAAUUGCAGCAGACACAGGCAAAGGUUGAUGAGGUGGUGGGAAUUAUGAAGGUAAAUGUCGAGAAAGUCCUGGAGAGAGACCAGAAACUUUCAGAAUUGGACGACAGGGCUGAUGCGCUUCAACAGGGAGCUGCACAGUUCGAGCAGCAGGCUGGAAAAUUGAAAAGGAAAUACUGGUGGAAGAACCUCAAGAUGAUGAUCAUAAUUGGAAUCAUUUGUGUUAUUAUUCUCAUUAUUAUUAUUGUGUCAGUAGUACCGAGCUCAAGUGAUAACGACGCCCACUAACCAAGACCGAAGAUGGAACAUCAAACAGGACUUGAAAUUCAAUCUUGAGCAGACGCUCCGAACACGAGUGAAGAAUAUAUAUGUAUAUAUAUUUACAGUUCACGAAGUGCCUUGUCUUCCAGGUAUCACCGACAGAAUGAAUUGAAAGAUCAAUAAUGAUUAACCGUAAAAAAAAUAUAAUUGUAAAAAUAUGAAAAAUCAAAUGCACUUUAGAAGUGGUAAAGGGUGAAAAUCGUUAUCAAAACUCUCAUUUCCGCGGAUGUUGCAUUUUUCUUAAAAGCCGAAAAUGUCCGGAGGCAUUUUUUGUUGCUAAAAAAAUUUCCAACUACAAAUACCUUCUGCCAUUUUUCCAAGGGGAAAGGCAUAUAGAGAAAAAUAAUUUUCAUACAUGUUUUAUCAUAGGAGAUGUCUGAAGAUAUGUUAAUAUUAACUAAACGAAGGAUCGCCUCUCUUUUUUAUCAUUUCACCAAUUUUAUAGUAUAUAAAUUGAGGAAUAUCGGGUUGCGAGGGUCCAAAGCACACUAACAAAAAUUCUCCUCAAAAAUUGUCAAUUACCCCUCUGUGGGGAAACCCCAUUGUUGUAUCAAAUUAAUUAGUGUAUGAGUUUAAUAUUAUUUAAUACAGUGUUUAUAUACAUGAGAAA